AAGAAAGGUCUAUAGUGCAUGCAAAGAAAAAGAAAAUUAGAAAAAGAAAAGGGAAAAAAUGCCGAGAGAUAGAGACCCUUUGGUUGUAGGUAGGGUGAUAGGCGAUGUGUUGGAUCCUUUCACAAGAUCCAUUGGUUUGAGAGUGAUUUAUGGCAACAGAGAAGUUGCAAAUGGCUGCGAAUUUAGGCCGUCUCAAAUCGUGAAUCAGCCUAGGGUUGAAGUUGGAGGGGAUGAUCUUCGCACCUUCUUCACUCUGGUGAUGGUGGACCCUGAUGCUCCCAGCCCCAGUGAUCCCAACCUUAGGGAGUACUUGCACUGGUUGGUGACUGAUAUCCCUGCAACUACUGGCGCAACCUUUGGACAAGAGAUAGUGCGUUACGAGAGUCCUCGGCCGUCGAUGGGUAUCCACCGCUUCGUGUUCGUGUUGUUCCGGCAGUUGGGGCGACAGACGGUGUAUGCCCCCGGCUGGCGUCAAAACUUCAACACUAGAGACUUUGCGGAGCUCUACAACCUUGGCUCACCAGUAGCUACUGUUUAUUACAACUGUCAAAGAGAGAGUGGUACGGGCGGCAGAAGGCGGGGCUCCUAACCUCACCACUCAAACUCAAUACAUAUCAUAUACUAUAUGUUACUCUGAUUUCAUUUUUGCCUCUAUUAAACCUAAAGUCUGCUCACUACCUCAUAACCUAUAACUUAAGUUGCCUACGGGAUUGUAUCCAUCUAGUGCAUGGUACCUAUAUAGUUUCCCUAUGUUUUUAAAUAUAGUGAAAGUAUGUAUUGUAUUAAUGGAAUAAAUCUUUGGGUCAAAAAAUUUAAAUGGCUAACUACUUCAACAAAAUUAGUGUCCACUUUUAUAUAUACAAAUAUGUAUUUUAUGUUUUAA